CUCCUCUCGCUCGCGCGCGCGUGGGCGUCGCCGGCCACCGCCUGAGCACCUUCCGGCGGAGCGGCCAUCGCCUCGGUGCCUCUGAAGGCGAAGGAGCUCUAACGGCGAAAGGCUAGCAUAUAAGAUCGUUAACCAGAUGCAUCUCAGAUAAUCUCUCAGGGGCAAGGGUGGCUAGAGUAGAGGAUGUCGACCUCCGAGUCGAGCCUGGGCCCGCAAGCACUGACGCGUCGGCCCUCGAGGAGCGCCACGACGACAACCUUCUCCCAGGAGGUGUUUGACAAAGAGGUGGUCCCCCCCUCCCUCGGCAGCAUCUCGCCCAUCCUUCGCGUGGCCGCCGAGAUCGAGCUCGAGCGCCCCAGAGUCGCGUACCUCUGUCGAUUCUAUGCAUUUGAGAAGGCGCACAGGCUCGACCCUAACUCGACGGGGCGAGGGGUUCGCCAGUUCAAGACUGCUCUCCUACAACGUUUGGAAAGGGAUAAUACACCAAGUCUUGCGGCUAGACUGAAAAAAAGCGAUGCACGAGAAAUUGAGAGCUUUUAUCAGCAAUAUUAUGAACACUAUGUCAGAGCUUUGGAUAAAGGAGAACAAGCUGAUCGAGUUCAACUUGGUAAAGCUUAUCAAACAGCCGGCGUGCUUUUUGAAGUUCUUUGUGCUGUCAAUAAAACUGAAAAAGUUGAAGAAGUUGCUCCAGAGAUCAUUGCAGCCGCUAGAGAUGUUCAAGAAAAAAAAGAAAUAUAUACACCAUACAACAUUCUUCCACUUGAUGCAGCUGGUGCCUCACAGUCGAUCAUGCAGCUUGAAGAGAUAAAAGCUGCAGUUGCUGCUUUGUGGAACACUCGUGGCUUGAACUGGCCCUCCUCUUUUGAGCAACAUAAGCAGAGAUCCGACCUUGAUAUUCUUGACUGGCUUAGGGCUAUGUUUGGAUUUCAGAAAGACAAUGUAAGGAAUCAGAGGGAACAUCUGAUUUUGUUGUUAGCUAAUGUUCAUACCAGAUUGGUGCCUAAACCCGAGCCUCUUAACAAGCUGGAUGAUCGGGCUGUAGAUGCAGUUAUGAAUAAGCUGUUUAAAAAUUACAAAACAUGGUGCAAGUUUUUGGGACGUAAGCAUAGUUUACGACUUCCUCAAGGCCAACAAGAAGUACAGCAGAGAAAGAUAUUAUAUAUGGGUCUGUAUCUUCUGAUAUGGGGAGAAGCAGCAAAUAUUCGUUUUAUGCCAGAGUGCCUGUGCUACAUUUUUCAUAAUAUGGCAUAUGAACUUCAUGGCUUGUUGGCUGGCAAUGUUAGCAUCGUGACUGGAGAGAAUAUUAAACCUUCUUAUGGUGGGGAUGACGAAUCAUUCCUAAGAAAGGUUAUAACACCGCUGUACCGUGUGAUCGAAAUGGAGGCUAAUAAAAGCAGGAACGGAAAGGCACCUCAUUCAGCUUGGUGCAACUAUGAUGACUUGAAUGAAUAUUUCUGGUCAACUAAUUGUUUCUCUUUGGGAUGGCCUAUGAGUGAUGAUGGUGAUUUUUUCAGAUCAUCACAUGAAACAAGAAAUGUCUCACAUGAUGGACAUCAAUUUCAUAAAAUAUCUCAGAAAAGGACAGGCAAAUCAAAUUUUGUAGAAACCAGGACAUUUUGGCAUAUCUUCCGAAGUUUUGAUCGUAUGUGGACUUUCUAUAUACUAGCGUUGCAGGCUUUGAUUAUCCUUGCUUGGAGUGGCUAUCCACUAACAGAUAUUUUCCGGAAAGACCUUUUGUAUUCUCUGUCUAGUAUUUUUAUCACAGCUGCUAUCCUGCGCCUCCUUCAAGGUAUUUUGGACUUUAUCCUGAACUUCCCUGGCUAUCAUCGGUGGAAAUUUGCUGCCAUUCUCAGAAAUGUGCUGAAGAUUCUUGUUAGUCUAGCAUGGGCCAUUAUCCUGCCCUUUUGCUAUCUAUACUCACUGAAAGAUUCUCCAGUCGUUUUACAAAAGCUGCAAAUGUGGCUUCAAGAAAUAAAGUACAUGCCACCAUUAUAUUAUUUGGCUGUCGCAGCAUACUUGCUUCCAAAUAUAUUGGCAGGGGUCUUUUUUGUAUUUCCUAUGCUCCGACGAUGGUUAGAGAACUCUGAUUGGCACAUCAUAAGGUUUCUUUUGUGGUGGUCACAGCCUAGGAUUUAUAUUGGAAGAGGAAUGCAUGAAAGCCAGUUUGCACUUUUUAAGUACACACUAUUCUGGCUGCUUCUUUUGGCCGGCAAACUGUCAUUUAGUUACUUCAUCCAAAUAAAACCUCUUGUAAAGCCCACACAAGACAUUAUGGAUAUCCACCAUGUACAGUACUCCUGGCAUGAAUUCUUCCCAAAUGCCCAGAACAACUUCGGUGCUAUUGUGUCUCUCUGGGCACCUGUUGUAUUGGUUUAUUUCAUGGAUACUCAAAUAUGGUAUGCCAUCUUCUCAACAAUAUAUGGUGGUAUUUCUGGAGCUUUUGAUCGUCUUGGAGAGAUACGCACCUUAGGCAUGUUAAGGUCAAGAUUUUAUUCACUACCUGGUGCAUUCAAUGCAUGCUUAGUGCCUUCUGAAAAGAUUCAGCGGCGAGGGUUUUCAUUAUCCAAACGCUUUGCGGAGGUCUCCCCAAACAGGAGAACUGAGGCUGCAAGAUUUGCACAGCUAUGGAAUGAAAUAAUUACUAGCUUUCGUGAAGAAGAUUUAAUAAGUGACAGGGAAAUGGACUUAAUGCUGGUUCCUUAUACAUCAGAUCCCAGCUUGAAACUCAUACAGUGGCCACCAUUUUUGUUGGCUAGCAAGAUCCCAAUAGCACUAGACAUGGCAGUACAAUUUCGGGCUAGGGAUGCUGAUCUGUGGAAGCGUAUAUGUGCUGAUGAGUACAUGAAAUGUGCUAUUCUAGAAUGUUAUGAAUCUUUUAAGCAUGUGCUGAACAUAUUGGUUGUUGGUGAAAAUGAGAAAAGGAUAAUAAGCAAUAUCAUCAAGGAAGUUGAAGUCCACAUCUCAAAGAAUACAUUUCUUGCCAAUUUCAAGAUGAGUGCAAUGCCAAAUCUCUGCAAGAAAUUUGUGGAGCUUGUUGAAAUAUUGAAAGAAGGGGAACCAACUAAACGUAAUACUGUUGUUCUGCUGCUGCAAGAUAUGUUAGAAGUGGUUACUCGUGAUAUGAUGGUUAAUGAGAUUCGAGAAUUGGUUGAUCUUGGUCAUGGAAACAAAGAUUCAGUACCAGGAAGGUAUGAUCUAGUCAAUGCAUCUCAAACUGGGAGACAGCUUUUUGCGGGUACUGGUCCAAAACCUGCAGUAAGUUUUCCACCUGUGGUAACUGCACAAUGGGAGGAGCAGAUCAAACGCCUUUACUUACUUUUGACGGUCAAGGAGUCUGCAAUUGAUGUGCCUACCAACUUGGAAGCACGUAGAAGGAUUGCAUUCUUUACAAACUCUUUAUUUAUGGAUAUGCCACGUGCUCCCCGUGUCCGCAAAAUGCUAUCUUUCAGUGUUUUGACACCAUAUUAUAGUGAGGAAACAGUUUACUCGAAGACUGACCUUGAGCUGGAGAAUGAGGAUGGGGUAUCAAUAAUAUUUUACUUGCAAAAAAUUUUCCCAGAUGAAUGGAACAAUUUUAUGGAACGGCUCAACUGUAAAAGAGAGAGUGAGGUUUGGUCUAACGAAGAGAAUGUUUUGCAUCUCCGUCAUUGGGCAUCUUUAAGAGGGCAAACACUUUGCAGAACAGUCCGAGGGAUGAUGUACUACAGAAGGGCAUUGAAGCUUCAGGCGUUUCUUGAUAUGGCUUCUGAAGCAGAAAUAUUGGAAGGCUACAAAGCAAUCAUGGAUCCAACAGAUGAAGAGCGGAAAAGCCAGAGGUCAUUGUGUUCUCAGCUUGAGGCUAUGGCCGAGAUGAAAUUUACAUAUGUUGCUACCUGCCAAAACUAUGGCAACCAAAAGCAAAGUGGAGAUCGACGUGCUACGGACAUCCUCAACCUGAUGGUUAACUAUCCAUCUCUACGUGUUGCCUAUAUCGAUGAAGUUGAAGAAAGAGAAAAUGGCAGGGUACAGAAGGUCUACUAUUCUGUUUUAGUAAAAGCUGUUGAUAAUCGUGAUCAGGAAAUUUAUCGUAUAAAAUUACCUGGUCCUGCAAAAAUAGGAGAAGGUAAGCCAGAAAAUCAGAAUCAUGCGGUAAUAUUCACUCGAGGGGAAGCUCUUCAGACAAUUGACAUGAAUCAGGAUAAUUACUUGGAAGAAGCUUUGAAAAUGAGAAAUCUCCUGGAAGAAUUUAAUGAAAGCCAUGGAGUGCGUCCACCUACAAUCUUAGGUGUCCGCGAGCAUAUAUUCACUGGAAGUGUCUCUUCUUUGGGAUGGUUCAUGUCAAAUCAAGAAACGAGUUUUGUAACAAUUGGUCAGAGAGUCCUAGCAAACCCAUUGAAGGUUCGUUUCCACUAUGGACAUCCAGAUAUUUUUGACAGGAUCUUCCACAUCACAAGGGGUGGUAUUAGCAAGGCUUCCCGUGGGAUCAAUUUAAGUGAAGAUAUCUUUGCUGGUUUCAACUCAAUAUUAAGGCGCGGAAAUGUCACCCAUCAUGAGUACAUCCAAGUUGGAAAAGGCCGUGAUGUUGGUCUUAACCAAAUAUCACUUUUUGAAGCAAAAGUAGCAUGUGGCAAUGGAGAGCAAAUUUUGAGCCGAGAUAUUUACCGUUUGGGGCACCGCUUUGACAUGUUCCGCAUGCUUUCAUGUUAUUUUACAACUGUUGGUUUCUACAUAAGCUCCAUGAUGGUUGUCAUUAUUGUUUAUGCAUUCUUAUAUGGGAGGCUUUAUAUGUCGCUGAGUGGGUUGGAGAACUCACUAGUAAAGCGCGCACAUGCUAGAGGCGAUGAUCCUCUGAAGGCAGCACUAGCGUCUCAGUCCCUUGUUCAGAUAGGCUUGUUAAUGACGCUGCCCAUGGUUAUGGAGAUUGGGUUGGAAAGAGGUUUCAGAACAGCACUGAGUGAUAUUAUCAUUAUGCAACUUCAGCUAUGUGCUGUUUUCUUCACCUUUUCUCUUGGCACAAAGACCCAUUAUUUUGGCCGCACUGUCUUGCAUGGUGGAGCUAAAUAUAGGGCCACAGGGCGUGGUUUUGUAGUUCGACAUGAAAAGUUCGCAGAGAAUUACAGGCUUUACUCAAGAAGCCACUUCGUGAAAGGAUUGGAGUUAAUGAUGCUUCUGAUAGCAUAUGAAAUUUAUGGUUUUGUAUCAUCUGAUACAACUGCAUAUAUGUUGAUGACAUUCUCAAUGUGGUUCCUGGUCGCAUCUUGGCUGUUUUCUCCCUUUCUUUUCAACCCAUCUGGAUUUGAAUGGCAAAAGAUUGUAGACGAUUGGGAUGACUGGACCAAGUGGAUAAGUUGUAGGGGAGGAAUUGGGGUGCCAGGGAAUAAGAGCUGGGAGUCGUGGUGGGAAGAAGAGCAGGAGCACUUGCAACACACAGGGCUAUCAGGACGCUUGUGUGAGAUUAUCCUUUCCCUUCGGUUCUUCCUCUUCCAAUAUGGAAUCGUUUAUCAUUUGAGAAUAUCAAACAAUAACAAAAGCAUCAUUGUUUAUGGACUAUCCUGGCUUGUUAUUGUUGCUGCGAUGCUCGUAUUGAAGGUGGUGUCCAUGGGAAGGAAGAAGUUCAGUGCAGAUUUCCAGUUAAUGUUUAGACUGCUCAAACUACUCUUGUUUAUUGGAUCAAUUGGGGCCAUAACUGUCCUUUUCAUGCUUCUCAAUCUGACAACUGGGGAUAUCUUCUCUAGUAUCUUGGCAUUCAUGCCAACAGGAUGGGCACUAUUACAGAUUGCACAAGCAUGUAGGCCAGUGGUGAAAGCUCUCGGCAUAUGGGGCUCAGUGAAAGCACUUGCAAGGGGAUACGAUUAUAUUAUGGGCCUCAUAAUUUUUGCCCCGAUUGCUGUCCUGGCCUGGUUCCCGUUUGUCUCCGAGUUUCAGACGAGACUCCUGUUUAACCAAGCAUUCAGCCGAGGCUUACAAAUUUCUCGAAUUUUGGCUGGAGGAAAGAAGCAGAAUUGAGGAUACAUGCACCACGAUUUGAAAGGUGGCUAACAAGGGACUUCCAUGUUUAUAUUUUUCGUCUGUUAGAUAUACCUGAUUCUAUUGUUGUACCAUAUAAUUCUUUGUUCUAAUUUCUAAACCCUCUCUCAAUAAAAGUUUGAAUGAAGAUCAGC